ACUGACACAGGCUGUGACAUGCUCUCUGUCAGUUAUGGGUUUUGGUGAAUCAAUCAUGGGGCUGACAGGCAUUGACAAUCCUUGGAUCGCCAAAGGCGUUGCUAUCGCCCUUGUUAUUCUUCUUUUAGGUAUAAAUAUAGCAGGAGUUAAAUGGGUGAUUCGACUUCAAUUAGUACUGCUGUUUGUAUUAUUCCUCUCAGUGAUGGACUUCUUUGUUGGUUCAUUUGUACAUACAGAUAAAGACCAUGGUGUAACAGGUUACAGAGAGUUCAAUCUACAUAACAACUCGGGUCCAGCCUAUCUACCUGGGGAAACAUUCUUCUCUAUAUUUGGUCUGUUUUUCUCUACCGUAACAGGCAUUUUAGCAGGCAUCAACAUGAGUGGAGAUUUACGGGAACCAUUUGUCAAUAUACCACGAGGAACUUUAUCUGCUCUAGGUGUAUCAACAUUUCUGUAUAUAGGAUUUACGUUGGUGAUUGGAGCCACAUGUUUGCGAGAGAACUUGCAUAAAGACUACAUGAUAUCUGAAAAGAUCUCCAUUGUUGGUUUCUUGUGGCUGGCUGGCUUGUAUAUAUCAUCUGUAUCGGCUUGUAUGGGAAGUUUGUAUGGCCCACCGAGAAUACUUCAAACCAUAGCUAAUGAAAAUGUUAUACCAAUUAUUAGAGUACUUGGACAUGGUCGUGGACCAAACAAAGUCCCUAUAUAUUCUCUAGUGCUAAUUACCCUAGUUGUUCUAUUGUUUGUUCUGGUCGGAGAUGUGAACACUUUAGCUCCUAUAGUAACCACAGCAUUCAUGAUGUCAUACGCUGCUGUGAAUUACUCUUAUUUUGCUCUUGCCAUGAGUUACGAUCAUAGGCAAGCACGCGAUCUACGAUUUGGUGUUCAGGAUAAAUCACGAAGAAAAAGCACUGACAUUAUGGGUAUGGAGCGACAAGUGUGUCUGAAAAAUCAUAUAAAGACUCUUUUCAGACUAUACGUACUGAUUUAG